CCAAGGACUAAUAUGCAAAAAGACAAGUCACUCGUACGGUUCCUAGCGUAUCCCCAAAUCGAAUCGCCCGUGGUGGCGGCGGCGGCGGCGGCCUGAAUCGCCCCUGGCGGCGACCGACGCAUUCCUACGGUUUUUUUUCAUCGGAGCGGGCGGCGGAAGGCGGAGGGCGCAUCGGAGAGGGGCCUCUUCCUCGCGGCGGCAGCGGCAACGGCGGGCUUGUUCCUCGCGGCGGCAGCGGCGGGCUUGUCCCUUGCGGCGGUGGUGGCGGCGCGGCUGCGUGGGGGAAGGGAAGCAGCUGCGGCAAUGGCCGCGUGGGCGAAGAGAAGCGGCUUCGGUAGCAGAGGGGCGCAAGGUCUGCUGCCGCAACAGACGCCUAGGGUUCCACCUUCUCCAACCCUAACCAGCUCUGCCGCAGCCAACGAGAUCUCGCUCUCACCGUCAACACCAGCAAAGGCUUCAACCCGUCAUCCACCUAAGAGAGAAAACCUAUUGGAGAAAACAAUGAACUACUUUCCAGAGAGAUUGGACUUCUUACACGGUACCAUGGCUCUGUGAUCAUUUUGAAACAGAAGAAUUUAAGAAUUGUGUCAAUAUCAGACUGUACAAGGAGUGUUACUCUAGUGAUAAGAAGGGAUGGGCAUCAGAAGAUGCCAGGAAUAAACAUGAAGAAAUGUUAUGAACAUAUAAAGGAGGGCGAAGUACCUUUAACCGAGCAACAGAUUGCGAGCAGGUGCUUGGUAAGGCAUAUGGUUACAUCAGAGGUCGGGGUCAUGGACGGCACUAGUGCGAGACGGCUCGGUUUCCCAACUGAUAGAUCUGUUUUCAGGUUCUCUGGUCUCAGAUGGAGGGUCGAGGGGGUGAAGCAAUUUUGGAGAGGUGUAGAGGACAUGUGGGGAGUGAUCGGAGCAGUGCUAAACUUGAUUCUUUGCAGAUGCCAAAAGUUCAGUUUACCCAAAUGCCAAAAGAGUAGUUCCUGCUUUGUAAAUUCGGCUUGCGAAUACUAGAUGCAAAAUACUACUCCCUCUGUCCCAUAAUAUAAGAACGUUUUUUAUACUAGUGUAGUGUCAAAAACGUUCUUAUAUUAUGGGACGGAGGGAGUAGAAUACUUCCUAGUUGGUGAUUGGAUUAUAUGUUUGGAGCAGUACUAAAGUGGUACUUUACAAAUACUAGAAUAGUCUUUCCUAGUUGUGAAACAAAAUUUGGCUUGCAAAUGAUCCAAAUGUAAUGUUUGGAUUAUAAGUUUACAAAUGCUGAUUC